GGAAAAGAUAUCUACCUUAGGGAAGAACCUCAGAGAGAGGGAGGGAAGGAGAGGACGGGUAGGAGCGUGUGCAUGAGUGUAAGAGACACUUAUUCUCUUAACUACUUGGAGACAGACACACUUUCCUGGCCCGACUCAAAGAAAGAGAGAGGGGAAAAAACAGGAAGAAGAUUUUUCUUUUCUUUUUUUUUUUUCGUGUGUGUCAAAUAUUUUAAUUUCCCCUUCAUUCAACAAUUAAGCUACUCCAGAAGCUCUUCAUCCUGGAAACUCUUCUUCACUGCCUAUUGCAAGUUCUGUGUAUUGAUCCACUUACACACACUUGACAAGGCUUACCUCAUGGAUUUGUAUCUGAUUGGAUAUUUGCUGUGUGUGUGGUUGUCCAGCUCACGGGUGCUCGGAGGCUAUCCCAUCUGGUGGUCCCUGGCCCUGGGGCAGCAGUACUCGUCUCUGGGUUCUCAACCCCUCCUGUGUGGCUCCAUCCCUGGCUUGGUGGCCAAGCAGCUUCGCUUCUGUCGUAACUACAUCGAGAUCAUGCCCAGUGUUGCUGAGGGCGUCAAACUGGGCAUCCAGGAAUGUCAGCACCAGUUCAGAGGCCGCCGGUGGAACUGCACCACCAUAAAGGACAACCUGGCCAUCUUCGGACCAGUGCUGGAUAAAGCUACSAGAGAGUCUGCGUUCGUCCACGCCAUAGCCUCCGCCGGUGUCGCCUUCGCAGUGACCCGAUCCUGCGCCGAGGGCACGUCCACCAUGUGCGGCUGCGACUCACACCACAAGGGGCCGCCGGGCGAGGGCUGGAAGUGGGGCGGCUGCAGCGAGGACGCGGAGUUCGGCGUGCUGGUGUCGAGGGAAUUUGCAGACGCCAGAGAGAACAGACCGGAUGCUCGCUCUGCAAUGAACCGGCACAACAACGAGGCCGGACGCACAACCAUCCUCGACCACAUGCACCUGCGCUGCAAAUGUCACGGCCUUUCUGGAAGCUGCGAGGUGAAGACCUGUUGGUGGGCGCAGCCGGAUUUCCGCGCGCUGGGCGACUACCUGAAGGACAAGUACGACAGCGCCUCGGAGAUGGUGGUGGAGAAGCACCGCGAGUCACGGGGUUGGGUGGAGACCCUACGAGUGAAGUACAACUUCUUCAAGCACCCCACCGAGCGCGAUCUGGUUUACUACGAGGGCUCGCCCAACUUCUGCGAGCCCAACCCGGAGACGGGGUCGUUCGGGACGCGCGACCGCGUCUGCAACGUGUCGUCCCACGGCAUCGAGGGGUGUGACCUSCUAUGCUGCGGCCGCGGCCACAACACCCGGACUGAGAAGCGCAAGGAGAAGUGCCACUGCAUCUUCCACUGGUGCUGCUACGUCAGCUGCCAGGAGUGUGUGCGCGUCUAUGAUGUACACACAUGCAAAUGAGAGGCCUGUACUUUAAGGCAAACGGACUGCUGGACUUUCUGCCCUAACUCCCCGUGUCCUGCACAACUUCCCUGCAGAUGCAGACGCAUUCUGCAUGCCGGUCAAUAACCCACUCACACACAAACUUAGGCUGUAACGCACGGGGCCAAGCCAGGGUCAGGUGCAACAAUAAAAACAGAGCUUAGGUGAGUUUAGUUCACUGAUUUACARUAACACCGGUGUUUAUGUACACCAGCUGCAUAACUGGAGUUAAAAGAUUGUCUAAAUCUUGCAACAUUCAGAUGCAAUAUUCAUCCAUCAGCGCUAUUAACAGUACAGCCAUUAAAUCACUUUUGGACGCAUCAGACGUUUACAUUUUCUGUUAACGUUGACACAGGAAAUGGAGGCCUACCAUUGAAAUAUUUGUGAACAAUUUGGAUAAAUAAAUGAAAUCAUUGUAAGAAAACKUUUAGCAUUUACUCUAAAAGCAAAGUAAAAGUACUUUGUCUGAUAUUGGCAUUUGUUUGAUCCAAKUUAUUUAAGCGUGACAAAUUGAAGAAAUCUGUAAGGCAGCAAAUAUUUCUCCACCUCAGUUUUUGCACAUUGAACAGCAGAAAUACUUAGAACGAGGCAGUUAAAUAACACAGCACAGUCAGUGAACAUUUUGAAUCGCUUUAUGAUUACAGUUUUUAAUCUUUGAAACCCUUGUGACAAUAACCUGACAUCGAGAUCCCAACAUUAGGAACCUGUGACCUAARCGCUCAGCAAACUUAUGAUCURUUUUAUUAGAAUAUGAAUGUUGCAUUUAUUCUGCUUUCCAGCUGAUGAWGUGAUGUAGAGUUGAAGAUUUUAACUGCUGGUGUGUUUUCUGACAUACUUCACUUCCUGACCUGAGGAACUCGACCCCAUUUAAUCCUCUGUUUUUACUUUCACACCUGACACUCGCAGGGCUCCGCGAUGAAUGGUCAAAGGUAAAUCAGAAACAACAAAACAACUUAGUCCUUAUAACCCCCUGCACCGGACUACGUGAAAAACUUCACCCGCGCUCAUGGGAAGCAGUUGUGUCACUUUCAGUGCCCCCCCCCCCGUGUCUUUAUUUAUUUCCCUCCUCUAUGCCAACACGAUGUUCGUGGCAUGUAUAGAAACACAUAAUGCAGUAAAACCCACCCUUCUUCCCAACUUACACCUCACUUCUCCAGCUUUUACGUACGUCUGAACUAACAUGACGUCCUAUCGGUUACUCUUCUGCAGCCAAAAUGUCACUUUUCUUUUUUAACUACUGAACUGAAAACGGUAGGCAGACGCUGACGGUGCAACAGUCCUGUCUAUUGUAAACUACUGAGCUGAUUGAGUCCUUUCCACUGGACCAGUCACCUGCGA